AUGAAAGGUAAUUGGCGGGAUGCUAAGGCUUUUCUUGAGAAAUACCCUGACUACGUUAAUCGUCCCAUAACGAUAGAGCAAGCGACAGUACUUCACUGUGCAGCGGCAGCAAAAAGAGCCAAUUUUGUGAAAGAAGUGUUGAAAUUGAUGACACCCAAGGACUUGGAAUUGAAAACCAUAGAUGGGCUUACGGCCCUUCACGUUGCUGCUAAAACAGGAGUUGUGAGAAUCGCUCAGGAGAUGGUUAAGAAGAACAGAGAAUUGCCAUUGAUCCAUGAUGGCAAUGAAAGAACACCACUUGAUCAUCCCAUUGUAGCAGAUGAUGAUGGUGAUGAAAGCACACCACUUCACGUUGCAGCUUUUGAAAGAGAUAGAAAUAUGGUUGAUUAUCUAUUGUCUGUGACUCCUUUUUCACAAUUGACUACUCGUCAACGCAUUCAUCUUCUUCUUGAUAUUGUUUCCGCUGGUUUUUACGAUAUAGCUUUAAUAAUUCUGAAAAAUGAUACGCACUUAGCAACUGCUGACGCUGGCGGUGCUGCUUGUGGGCGAAGAAGAGCUUUGGAAGAGUUGGCCAGAAAUCCAUUAGCAAUUGGCAGCGAAAGUCAGAUCUCAUUAUGGAAAAAACGCUUAAAUUCCUGUUAG